CAUAUUCCACAAGAUUUUGAAAUGGCUCUACGCAACGAAGGUAUUUGGCCUGAUCGUCCUGGUUCUGAGGCGUUGUAUUAUCAUCGUAAUGUUCACCGUGCCGAUAUCUUUCAAGGUGUUGAGGGUCUAUUGGGGACUAAAGGCGAACCCUGGGGUACCUUCCGAUCAACUGUUAAUCCAGUGCUAAUGCAACCAAAGAAUGUACGUUUGUACUUUCACAAAAUGUCACAGGUCAAUAAGGAAUUUAUGGACAGAAUCCGUCAAAUUCGUGAUCCCCAAACACAGGAGGUACCCGAUACAUUUGAAGAAGAAAUCAAUCGCUGGACUUUGGAAUCAGUAUCUGUGGUAGCGUUAGAUAAGCAACUGGGAUUGAUUAGCAAAAAUCGUGAUAAUCCUGCAGCAAAGCGGCUGUUCCAGGCCCUAAACGAUUUCUUUGCCAAUUCAUUGGAAAUUGAAUUGAAACCAUCGAUUUGGAAAUACUACAAGACCAAAACAUUUAAAAAUCUAAUGAAAAGUUUAGAUGAAAUCACAAAUGUCACAAAUGGUUAUGUUGAAGAGGCUAUUAGGAGGCUGGAAGAGGAUCGUAAAAAUGGUAUACCCGAAAAACCCGAUAAUGAGAAAAGUGUUUUGGAGAAACUCAUCAAAAUCGAUAAGAAAAUUGCCAUGGUCAUGGCCAUGGAUAUGUUGAUGGCUGGUGUGGAUACGACAUCGACAACCUUCGCUGGCCUGCUGCUGUGCCUGGCCAAAAAUCCCGAAAAACAGGAAAAACUACGCGAUGAAGUUCGCCGGCUAUUACCCGAAAAAGAUUCUGAAUUCGAUGAGGCCGCAUUUAAAAAUAUGCCCUAUUUGAGAGCUUGCAUUAAAGAAUCCCUACGCGUUUAUCCAUUGGCCGGUGGUAAUGCUCGUGUAUCAGCCAAGGAUAUUGUAUUAAGUGGUUAUCAGGUGCCCAAAGGAACUGAAAUUAUAAUGGUAUCAACUUCGCUGUUGAAAGAUGAUAAUCAUUAUCCCAGAGCUAAAGAAUAUUUACCAGAACGUUGGCUUAGACCUACGAAGGAAACCGUAGGCUCUACAGAAUGUCCACAUGCCUUAAAGGCUAGCAGUCCAUUUAUAUAUUUACCGUUUGGUUUUGGUUCCCGCAGUUGUAUUGGACGUCGUAUUGUCGAAAUGGAACUGGAAUUGGGUAUUGCUCGAUUGAUCCGGAAUUUCAAUGUGGAAUUUAAUUAUCCCACUGAGAAAGCCUUCAAGAGUUUGCUGAUUAAUGUUCCCAAUAUUCCGUUGAAAUUUAAAUUUACCGAUGUUAGGUGUCGUUUGCGCUCCACCGUUGCCCCAGCUGCAACAGCAGUGGAAACCGAUUUGGUAAACAAUCGUGUAGAAUGGGAAAAGGCUAAACCCUUCGAUGAAAUACCCACAAUGGGCGCAUUGAAAUUCCUUCGCAAUUUUCUACCGGGUGGAAAAUAUGCCAAAAUAGGCCCCAUUGGUCGUCUAAAAAUAUUUCCCGGCCGUCCAUAUAUUGCGUUCACUCAUAAUCAAAAAAAAUUUUAAAUGGCAUUCCGCAAUGAAGGUAUUUGGCCAGAACGCCCUGGUUCAGAGUCGUUAUAUUAUCAUCGUAGUGUACAUCGUGCGGACUUCUUUCAAGGUGUUGAGGGUCUUAUCGGAACAAAUGGUGAUAAAUGGGGUACAUUUCGAUCGGUUGUAAAUCCCGUACUAAUGCAACCCAAAAAUGUCCGCUUGUACUAUCAAAAAAUGUCUCAGGUUAAUAAGGAAUUUAUGGAAAGAAUCCGACAAAUUCGUGAUCCCCAGACAUUGGAAGUCCCCGACACCUUCGAAGAAGAAAUCAAUCGUUGGACUCUAGAAUCCGUAUCUGUGGUGGCAUUAGAUAGACAAUUGGGUCUAUUAAGUACAAAUCGCGAUGAUCCAACAACAAAGCGAAUGUUUCAAGCCUUAACCGAUUUCUUCACCUAUUCGCUGGAAGUUGAAUUUAAGCCAUCCAUAUGGAAAUACUACAAGACCCCAACAUUUAUGAAAUUAAUGAAAAGUUUAGAUGAAAUCACGGAUAUUACAAAGGGCUAUGUUGAAGAGGCCAUUGCACGGCUGGAGGAAGAACGUAAAAGUGGGGUUCCCGAAAAACCCGAUCAUGAGAAAAGUGUUUUGGAAAAGUUGGUGAAAAUCGACAAGAAAAUUGCCAUGGUUAUGGCCAUGGAUAUGUUAAUGGCUGGGGUGGAUACGACCUCAUCAACCUUCGCUGGCAUUCUGUUGUGUUUGGCGAAAAAUCCCGAUAAGCAGCAGAUAUUGCGUGAAGAAGUACGAAAACCAUUACCCCACAAAGAAUCGGAAUUCAAUGAAACGGUUUUCAAAAAUAUGCCCUAUUUGAGGGCUUGCAUCAAGGAAUCCCUACGUAUUUAUCCAUUGACGGUGGGUAAUGCCCGAUCACCGGCCAAGGAUGUGGUGCUGAGUGGUUAUCGUGUACCCAAGGGAACACAAGUUUCAAUGUCAAUUACAUCACUGGUCCGCGAUGAUAAACAUUAUCCAAGAGCAGGGGAAUUUUUACCCGAACGUUGGCUGAGAGAAGCUAAGGAUACAAAGGAGGCUACCACCUCUGGAUGUCCACAUGCCUUAAAGUCUAGCAAUCCAUUUGUUUUCCUACCUUUUGGCUUUGGUUCACGCAGCUGUAUUGGCCGUCGUAUCGUUGAAAUGGAACUGGAAUUGGGUAUUGCUCGCUUGAUACGCAAUUUCCAUGUAGAAUAUAAUUAUCCCACCGAAAAUGCCUUUAAGUGCCUUUUGAUUAAUGUUCCCAAUAUUCCGUUGAAAUUUAAAUUUACCGAUGUUAAAGAUUGA